AUGUUCUUCGUUCGUCUCUCUUCCUUCUUCGUAACCCUCCUCGUGGUAUGCUGCGCCGCGUCUGCCCGACCGUUAUGGUCUUCGCGUGCCCUCAAGCCUCGUCAAAGCACGCUGAAUGUUGCUACCUGUACGGAUCCCGCGACGCAACUUGUGGAGCACGAUUGUAAUGUCGCCUUGCUUGGGCUGGGUGGGGGUAUUGCCGGAGCCAUUGAAUUCCUCCGUGUGAAUAGCUCUACUACUUCCGCCACAAGUGGUACUUGCACGGUCACUGCUACUGCUGUCGAUGGAGGAACCACCAUCGACAUUUCGAAGGGUAGACUUGAAGGACAUGGAUCCACCAAUGGUGGCUUCGACAACCUCCUCACCGCAUGUGGUCCUUCUCCUGGGUCUAUGGUCAUCGGAGGUGGCGCGAAACCUACCGGUAACAUCCAGAUCGCCAUCUCUGCUGCUGCUUAG